GGGCAGCCCCUGCCCGGCUGCGUCUGCGGCCCGCCCGCCAGAGUCUAACCCGGAGGCCGCAGCUGGCCCGCACGGCGAACGGCCCGCCGGCCCAGUCCUGCUGCCAAGCUGAACGUUUAAAUGGCAGGACGACUCUGCCCUGGACUGCGAUCCGCUCAUCCUCCCCGGACAUGAAUUGUGCACGCGUUCAUUCGUGCCAGGACUGUUAACCAUCUGCAGGAAAGAAAAGAGUCCCUGUUUGCUGUGUAGAGAAUGGAUUGGAAAAGAGAACAGAAGUGGGAGACCACUUGGGAAACUGUUGCAGAAGCCCAGGAAAUUGUAAAAGAUACCAUCAUGGAAAAGAAAUCCCAGGAGAGUAAAAAGGGCCCCACCCACAGAGAAGUCCCGCCAGCAGUGGUGCUGUUGCUCGCGAUGGCACUCAUGAACGCACUCCUCUACCUCUGCCUGGACCGAUUCUUUAUUUCCCGCCUCCAUUCCACUGUGGACCCCAGCCACUGCCCCUCUGGUUCCUUCAGAAUGGGACAGAUGAAAAACUGCUCACCAUGGCUGUCCUGUGAGGAGCUGAGAACAGAAGUGAGGCAGUUAAAACGCGUCGGGGAAGGCGCUGUGAAGAGAGUGAGUCAAUGCUUUGUUCUGCAUCACCGACAGCAUGCACGCGGGCUGGCCUUUCAGGAAAAGCAGUUGUGGCCCUACGGAGAGGAUCUGCCUUUUCACGAUGACCUCAUGCCUUCAUAUGAUGAGAAGAUCGACAUCUGGAGGAUUCCCGACGUCACCAGUUUCCUUUUGGGGCAUGUUGAAGGGAGUGAUAUGGUGCGAUUCCAUCUGUUUGAUAUUCAUAAGGCGUGUAAGAGCAAGACUCCUACAGAAAGGCCCACUGCUCAGGAUGUUCUGGACGUUUAUCAGAAGGUUCUGAACUCACUUCGAGAUACUGUCACAACUCAGACAAGAGAAAUGCUAUAAAAACCUGUACAGUCAGUGAAGGGUAGCAUUGAAGGAUGGAAUGCAAUAGUCAAAGCAAUCGUACUCUGAUGGAGUGUUUUGCUUGGGCAUAGUGUUUUGUAGUUCAGCCAUGUGGUUCUUUAUCUACAUCCACAUUCACGUUUGAGUGUGUUCUAUCUCUCCUGGCAGCCUGGGCUGAAGUUGCUAAGCAAGAGCAAAACCACACUUGAUUUAAAUCUGGCUUCACGUUUCUAACUCCGAUUGCUCCCUGGUGAAGACGUAAAGAAGCAGUGAAUCUAACCAGGUAUUUGAAGGAAGUAACACAGAUGUAGCCACAAAGAGGCUUCACUUAUCCUAAUCACUGAAUUUAUAAGCUUCUAAGAAAUACAUAUAUGGAUUUUUAAAUGGCAGUAUAUUAAAGUAGUUGUCCAAAGAACUUUUUCCCCCUAAUUUUUUAAAUGGUUAUCAACAUAUGGGAUCACCAGAUUAUUUAUGAUGUGUUUUACGUGGUAUCCAUGAAGUUAUCUUCACUGAAGCUCUGUGAAACUCCUGCACCAUCAUCUUUCCAAGGAGCGAAAGCAGAGCUAUAAUAGAAAUCUCUUUAAAAUUUUGAAUGGGUAGGAACAUAAAUAUUUAGAACAGCAAUUAUGAGGGAAAUUGUAUGUGUUACUGCCUUGUGAAAUUCUCACUUAUCUUCCAGCUGAGUGUUCUUGUCCCAAAUUAAUUAUUGUGAACCUUUUACA